ACCACAAAGGAUGUUACUAAACUAGCUUCCAGUUAGUACACUGAAAUUCAAAGUCAUGCUCAUAACUGUUAAUGAAAGAGGAUUCAAAGCAACACCACCACCACUGAAGUAUUUUUAGUUAUAUAAGAUUGGAACGACUAGGCAUGUGGCUCAUGAUCAGUGUAAUUCUAAUCUCACAGAUAUCCUCUGUUGGGGGAGAAGCAACAUUUUGUGAUUUUCCAAAAAUAAAACAUGGAAUUCUAUAUGAUGAAGAAAAACAUAAACCAUUAUCCCAAGUUCCUACAGGGGAAGUUUUCUAUUACUCCUGUGAAUAUAAUUUUGUGUCUCCGUCAAAAUCCUUUUGGACUCGCAUAACAUGCACGCAAGAAGGAUGGUCACCAACACCAAAGUGUCUCAGACUGUGUUUCUUUCCUUCUGUGGAAAAUGGUCAUUCUGAAUCUUCAGGACAAAUACAUCUGGAAGGAGAUACUGUACAAAUUAUUUGCAACACAGGAUACAGCCUUCAAAACAAGGAGAACAACAUUUCAUGUGUGGAACGGGGCUGGUCUGCUCCUCCCAAAUGCAGGUCCACUAUUUCUGCAGAAAAAUGUGGGCCCCCUCCACCUAUUGACAAUGGAGACAUUACUUCAUUCCCGUUGUCAGUAUAUGCUCCAGGUUCGUCAGUUGAGUAUCAAUGCCAGAACUUGUAUAAACUUGAGGGUAAUAAUCAAAUAACAUGUAGAAAUGGACAGUGGUCAGAACCACCAAAAUGCUUAGAUCCAUGUGUAAUAUCACAAGAAAUGAUGGAAAAAUAUAAUAUAAAAUUAAAGUGGACAAACCAACGAAAGCUUUAUUCAAGAACAGGUGACAUAGUUGAAUUUGAUUGUAAAUCUGGAUAUCAUCCAACAAAAUCUCAUUCAUUUCAAGCAGUGUGUCAGGAUGGAAAACUGAUAUAUCCCAGUUGUGAAGAAAAAUAGAAUAAAAGGCAUUACUAUUAGUAAAAUGCACAUAUUUUUCUGAAUUUACUAUUAAAUCUGUUUUCAAUUUCAUUUUUCAAGUACUAUUUUACUCAUUUUUAUUCAUAAAUAAAAUUUUGUGUUGAUGUGU